AUAAUAAAUAAUAUACAAAUAACUUAUUUUAAAAAUCAUGCUAUCCUUGAAUCGAUUGUAUUCUAAGCCAGAAACUUAUUUGAUGUAUAAACCAUGCGCUAACUCAAUCUUGUUCAAGAGAUUCAAGUAUCAAUUCAAUUUUAAACAUUCUUCGAAGAAGUUAUAUGAAAUACUUGGUGUAGCAGAAGAUUGUGAGGAUGAGACUUUAAGAUUGGCGUUUGUACAUCUGGCAAAACGAUUUCAUCCGGAUAGUGGAACACCAGAAGCUAAUGCUGUUAGAUUUUCUGAAAUUCAAAGUGCCUAUAGAGAAAUUCGAAAAAUUAGAAACAUUCAGAAGGAUGAAAAAAUAUCAGAAGUGGAAGAUUUUGAUAUCAAGCAUACAGCACCACAGCAUCGUCAUUAUUUAACCUUUGAUGUAGGAGUUGGCACACCAAGCAAAAGACAACGACUACACACAAUACAAAGAGCUCAAACAGCAGUUGAUAAUGUAAUGGAACAUAGAUUGAAGAAACUGCAAGCUGAAGAACGCAAUACAUUAAUUGGAAUGGACAAACAAAGAGCUAAGGAUAUUAAAACUCGCUAUGGUAUGGAUCGUUUAGUAGAGGACUUAAUUCAAGAGGCAAUGAACAAAGGUGAAUUCAGUGAUUUACCUGGAAUGGGAAAACCAUUGACCACUACAAGUGUCAGAAAUCCUUAUGUUGAUUUUGUAACUCAUAAAUUAAAUCAGAUAUUGAUAGAUAAUGGAUUCACUCCAGAAUGGAUACAAUUGUCAAAGGAAAUCAGAGAAGAAACUGAAGAAUUAAAAAAGAGACUAUCAGAAAUACGCAAUGAUAUAGGAGAGCUGCCAUUAACUCCAGAAGAUGAGUCGAUAUGGGAGAAUAAUUUGAAAAAAUUUGAAACUACAACAAAGCAGAUAAAUAAUAAAAUUGAUAAAUACAAUUUGUUGGUGCCCAUACUCCAAAAACAAAUGCUUCAUAUCAAAUUAGAUGAACUUGCUAAGAAAACAUUAUUAAUACCACCUAAAACUAUCAAGAAAUAUGCAGAGAGUGCCAUCUUCUUUUAAUUUUAUACGACCAGUUGCCAAAUACUUUAAAGCACAAGGAUAAAUUCGAUGCUCCGCCGCCUUUACGCGUUCUUGCAGAAUUUUUUCAGUAUCAUCCGGAAAUACAGGUACUGCUUCUUGUUCGACAAUUGCCCCCGAAUCAAUAUCAAC